AUUGGUUCUGUACGGCGCGAACAACAGUCGUUAAAUUACGGUUCUGUAGUGAAAAUAUUGAACUAAAUAUGGCUCUAGCUACGGAACGAAAAGGUUCAGUGACAGAGAAUAUCGCAGAAGAACAGCCACUCAAUGAAAAUGAAGAAAAAGAUGAAAAGAAAAGUUGCGGUGGAACUUGCUUAUAUAUAAUUAAAAACAUCACAGUAGAACCAACGAUGGUUUUGUUUAUAAUUGCCGCAAUUCUCACGUUACAAACAUCACAGAAUUUGAGCUUGGAUAAAGCGUGCAGAGUAAAUUUAAAUUUUACAACAGAAAUUUGUGAUUCUUUGAGACAACAAACGUUGGAAAGCCAAAAUGUAUAUGAGUUGGAAACCCAGAAAUUAUUGGCGACUUAUCUUCCCUACAAAACUUAUAUUCAAGCGCUGAUACCAAGUAUAUUAGCACUAUGUGCUGGCUCAUUCUCAGACAAAAUUGGACGAAGGAAGAUCUUUCUUAUAGUAGCAACAACCGGACAAAUUCUAACAUGUAUCAGUAAUUUUAUAAACAUUUAUUUCUUUUACGAGCUAAGUUUGGAAGUGCUCAUAUUCAGUGAAGCUUUGAUUGAUUCUCUAUUCGGAAGUUGGUGUCUUCCUUUAUUUACAAUGUUUGCGUACAUCAGUGCAGUUACAAGAGAUGAUGAACGAACAUUCCGAAUGGGUCUGAUACAUUUCAGUAUGACUGUUGGGUUUCCAAUAGGGAUGGGCCUCAGUGGGGUGGUGUUAAAGAAAACAGGCUACUACGGUUGCUAUGCAAUAGCAAUGUGCAUGGCUAUCAUCAAUUUUAUGUACAAUUCUUUUGUUUUAAAAGAUCCUGAGAGGAGUCCAGAACAGAAAGAGCACGACAAUCGUGGAAUCUGCUACUUCAUGCGCGAGUUCUUCGAUCUGUCUAACAUCCGCGAUUCACUUCACGUCGUGUUUAAGAAAGGGCCCAACAACCGGCGCGUACGCAUGUGUAUAAUGAUGCUAGGCGUCUGCAUGUUGUUUGGACCUCUAUUUGGUGAAAUAAGCAUAUUGUACUUGAAUACAAGGUUUCGCUUCAACUGGGACGAAGUCAGUUUUAGUAUUUUCCAGACUUACAACUUCAUCACGCAUACUAUCGGUACCAUAUUCUGCAUACUAGUGCUUAGCAAAUACUUGCAGUGGCAUGACUCCCUCCUGGGUAUUAUCUCGUCUGUUAGCAAGAUCAUGGCGUGCUUCUUCUACGGCUUCGCCACUACUGCCACAGUGUUCUACAUUGGACCAAUCGUUGAAAUUCUAAAUGGGACAUCUUUGCUUGCUUUGAGAUCCAUGGCGUCAAAAUUAGUAGCACCUAAUGAAUUGGGUAAAGUGAACUCAAUAUUUGGAUUAUCAGAAAACAUGAUGCCCUUAAUAUUCGUCCCGUUGUACACGAAUGUAUAUAAAGCCACCAUGGAGGUCUUCCCAGGAGCUGUGUUCCUAAUGGGAGCUUCCUUGGUCCUACCUGUUCUCAGUGUGUUUAUAUGGUUAUUUGUCGAGCACAGACAAAAUGUAACUAUGCAACGUAGAAACGCAGCUAUGUUAUCAAGAGGAACAUUCAGCAGUGACCCAGUUGGCGAGGUAGACACCGAUACAACAAAAGAAAAACUUAUGCCGAUAAGUUAGAAGAGAUUUUAAAAAUUCCUAAUAUUUAGUUACAAGUUAAUCAUUUUAAAGCGGAAUAACUGCGCCUAUUAGAAUACAUUGUAGACUAUCAUACUCUUCUAUUUGGGAAGGUCAUCCCGAGUGAUGGCCAUGCAAAAGUACCUGUUCAACACGCCUUUUUCUUUAUUUUGGGUAGCGCCAAGUUUCCACCUGAAGUAGCUUUGGAAUUGUUACUAUAGCCAGAGCUCCUUAACUCGCUCAAGGUUUUUACCGACGUCGGCACAAUCGCUCACACAAGUCUUUCAUUUAUAAGCAUUCGGCUCUGAACGAUUGCACUCGGCAGGCAACGUUAUUUUCACCUCUCUGAGCGCGUGGUUAGGUUCCUUUUUCCUCGUAGUGAGUGCCUGGUGUCAUUAGAUUUAGUUGGCUAUUAUUGCGUAAGUAUUUUCGAUUUUGUAUGAGAGUAAUGUAUCUGUUAUGUAGCAACUAUUAAGUAAUCUGUGUUAUAAAUGUACGUAUAUUUUAUAUCGAGUCUUAGAUGUACUGAAAAUGAAACUAUUUUUUCGGAUCUAACUAACGUGUAUUUGCUUUUUCAAACAAACCAAAAUUCCGGUCUCUUUACAGGACCCAUAUAUAUAUAAUAUUUACUCUGUGCUAUGGCUAUAUAUGCAAGAAAAAACUACGAGGUUCUAUAUAUUAUUCUGUAGGUAACUAUUAUUACUUAAAUGUUUACACUAAGAAAUAUAAUACAAUUUAAUGGUGUUUGUAAGCUAAGAAAGGUCUUAAAACCCCAUUAUCGUCCCUUAAAACAAUAUGGUAGUAAAUCGUAAUUUUCUAGAAAAUUUAUUAGACUAUUUUUUUAACCGUUUCGUAAUUCAUUAGAGGAAUCGAGAUGCGCGAUUGAAGCGUAAGCACUUCUGCAAUAGUUUUAUUUAUUUAAACAAUUUAUUUAUUGUUUAAUUUGAAUGCGCCCUAACACUUGAUCCGUAAUGUCAACUUCCAAGGUAUGAAAUACAAUGCUGCACUUUAGAACUUUUCAAGACUAGACCAGUGUGUACCCACGUAUGUUAUUAUAGAAACGUGCAACAUCAGAUGAGAUGGCGACUAAGUGUUUCUCCAUUUAAAAAAUGCAUAAAUUUAGUUUUAGAAGGUCAUCAUCGGUCUCGGACGCAGCGAAAUUUGUUUAUUUACUUUCGAAAUAUUUAUAGAAAUAAGUAUUG